AUGAGUCCACUUCCCCCACCACCGAGUGAUCCCACCCAGGCCGUUGUUGGCCUCCCCCUCCCAAGGGCGAGCCAGCCACUCGGGGUAGAGGACCCACUGACUGAGGAGAGCCGUACCCAGCCAGUGUUCCAGAGGAGGAUGGACGGCUCAGUGAACUUCUACAGAGCCUGGGACCAGUACAAGACGGGCUUCGGUAGCGCUGCUGGAGAGUACUGGCUCGGUCUUGAGAAUCUCUUCCACCUGACUCUUAGGAAAAAGUACGAGGUGCUGGUUGACAUGGAGGACUUUGAGGGAAAUAAAGUGUUUGCUUGUUACUCCUCAUUCUCCAUCGACCCAGAGUCCCACGGAUACAGACUGCAUGUAUCUGGAUUCACCGAUGGAGGGGCAGGUGAGUUAGUGAUAGCAGAAGUUGUUUUUCUGAUAUUCAGAGACUCCAGUCUGCAAAGCACAUUUGACUGUGCUAGAUCAGGUCUGGGGGAGUUCUGGUACAAUACGUGUUACCGUACCAACCCCAAUGGGGUUUAUCGUUGGGGGGCUGACAGCACCAUCCAUGAUAUUGGAGUGGAGUGGUAUUCUUGGAAGGGCUUUAACUACUCCCUGAAGACCAUCAGCAUGAAGAUCCGUCCUGUGCAGUAG